AUGACUAUACAGGCUGUAGUCUCCGAAUUCGAGAACAAAUAUCCCCGUCGCGGGGAUCGACUGCGUGAAGAGCCCUCAGCGAAGAAUGCCCAGGGUCUAUUCCCUCCUGAUGCAUGUAUAUUUGUGGGCAAUUUGUCCACGAAGGUUGGCGCCGACGAUCUAGCUGAAGACCUCAAAAAGGUAUUCACUGAAUUUGGUUCCUGCCAUGUGAAGAUCAAGCAAGAUAAGAAGAAGGGCCUUCCAGGUGCUUUCGUACAAUUUGAGAAGGUUGAGGACGCUACCGCAGCACUUGCCAAUGACGAGCGUGUUGUACUGCAUGAUCGGUGGCUUCGAAUCGAGAGAGCCAAAGGAAGGAGUAAGCAGGAACCGCCUAUCUUGGCCUUCGCUCAGGAGCUCCCAUCACCUCGCAUGAAGUUUUAG